AUGGCAGUACCUAGUAGAGCUCGGGUAUAUGCCGACGUUAACUCACAAAAGCCCAGAGAGUAUUGGGAUUACGAAAGCUUUGUGGUAGACUGGGGUAAUCAAGAAGACUAUGAGUUGGUUCGAAAACUUGGGCGUGGAAAAUACAGUGAAGUAUUUGAAGCAAUGAAUAUAAAAAAUAAUGAAAAAUGUGUAGUUAAAAUAUUGAAGCCUGUUAAAAAGAAGAAAAUAAGAAGAGAAAUUAAAAUAUUAGAAAAUUUAAGAGGAGGCACAAAUAUAAUAUCAUUACAAGCUGUAGUAAAGGAUCCUGUAUCCCGCACCCCAGCACUCAUAUUUGAACACGUCAACAACACUGAUUUUAAACAACUCUAUCAAACAUUAACAGAUUAUGAUAUAAGGUAUUAUCUGUAUGAACUUUUGAAAGCAUUAGAUUAUUGCCACAGUAUGGGCAUAAUGCAUAGAGACGUAAAGCCUCACAAUGUAAUGAUUGAUCAUGAUAAUAGAAAGCUACGUCUCAUUGAUUGGGGAUUAGCUGAAUUUUAUCAUCCCGGACAAGAAUACAAUGUUCGUGUUGCUUCAAGGUACUUUAAGGGACCUGAACUCCUGGUUGACUAUCAAAUGUAUGAUUACUCAUUGGAUAUGUGGUCACUAGGAUGUAUGUUGGCAUCCAUGAUUUUCCGUAAGGAGCCAUUCUUCCAUGGCCAUGAUAAUUAUGACCAACUUGUACGUAUUGUCAAAGUGCUAGGCACUGAAGAAUUGUUUGAAUACUUGGAUAAGUAUCACAUAGAAUUGGAUCCACGUUACAAUGAUAUACUUGGAAGGCACUCUCGAAAGCGGUGGGAUCGAUUUGUACAUUCAGAAAAUCAGCAUUUGGUGUCUCCUGAAGCUUUAGACUUCUUGGACCGUCUUUUGCGCUAUGACCAUUAUGAGCGCUACACGGCCCGUGAAGCUAUGGACCAUCCAUACUUUUAUCCGAUUGUGAAGGAGCAAGGCAGAAUGGCAUCUUCUAAUUCACCAACUCCAAAUGUAUUGCAGGGGGCAAUAAAUGCAAAAGAAUAA